AAUUUGGUGUGAAUAUUAUUGAAAGCCCCAUUGGUUCGAACAGCUGUGGUCACAUUGCACGAUUCCGCUAUUCUGAUUGGCGUAGGAUUUUCUUCCAAUUGAAAUGUCCAAUCACGGCACGGUUUGCGAGAGUGGCUUUAUUUGAGUUCACCUUCUCACUUGUCCGGACACGUGACCAUCCUAGGAGAAGGUUAUUUUGUCGCCAAGUAUAAUUUCUAAAUGAUCCAUGGGGUUUGAAUGAGGAUGUUUCUACUUCUUUGACUGUGGUCAGGACUCGCAUCCCAUGGUGCAACGUGAAACGGGAGUCCUAGCCUGCCGACCGAAGCUGUCAACAGAAAGCCUACACCACCAGUUUCUGCAUCCAUCAUCAGACAAAACGUUCAGAAGGGCUGCUUCCAGAUGUCUCUGCUAGAAGAUAUAUUUGAUUUGUUGCAAAAUGUCCUUGAGUAUUUCGGAGUCUCUCCUGACAUGCUAAUUCCAGUGUGGGAGAGCCAGUUGUGCGGUCAGUACCGGAGCCUGGUGCGGAUGAUCGGGACCAACCUCCCAUUGACCCCGUCUCCACGUAUCCACUUCCAGAUUCCUCUACACACCUCCCGACAGCACAGAUACCUGGACGUCACCAUGGAUACCCUCCCCGCUAUCCCCUCCUUGGCUGACGUGCUGUGGGUGGCGGAGGAUGAGGGAGACCGCUUCACCAAGAUCAGGCACCGCGAGCGUCCGUCCCGACAGGGUGCUGUGAGUCGGGGCGACGAGGUGGUGCUGGCCCCUCCACGUCCAGGGGACCCAGGGUUGGCGGCGGUCCGAGCCCAGCCAGGAGACAUGAUGCUGGGGCACGGAUCAGACCCAGUGGCUCUGCGGAAGAUCACAGCCCUGGAGGACGAGCUGCUCAAACUACGAGCUCAGAUUGCCAUGAUUGUCACCGCGCCACCCUCAGCCCAUUCCCAGAACCUUCCGGGUACCCCUGGAAUGUCCCCUGCCUCUGUCCUCACCUCCACCCCUUGUCGCCCUCCACCUCCUCCCUGUCCUCCUCCACCUCCUCCCUGUCCUCCUCCACCCAGCUUCUCUGUUGGUCUGUCUGCGGUGGAGAAUCUAAUCCAGCAGGGCAGGGAGGCCGGUAAAGGUCAUUCCCAGGGGAAGAGCCAUGAGGCUGGGCAGGUUGGACUACUACAGUCCCAGGAUAAGGCGGUAGGACAGGGCCCGGUCCCCACCAUGCUGGAUGUACUGAAUGAACUGAACCAGGUGAAACUGCGCUCCGUGCAGAGGUCGCCCGGGGGAACGCCGGUGCGGAGGAGGCGGAGCAAGGGCGCGGCGUUGCUAAGCGACCCGGCCUCCAUGAUUGCCGAGGCCCUGAGGAGGAAGUUCGCCCACCGUCGCCUCGACGACUCGUACGACAAAGAGAACCGCUCGGUAGAGCUCUCGCCGUUCGGCAGCCCCGAUAUAUCGCCUUGUAUCCCCCAGCAUUCCAAGCGCAGCCAGGGACGACUCCACCUGUGACCUCUGACCUCCAAGGUCAACCAAACCAGCAGCCUGUCGCUUCGCCAACCGGAAACGCCGAUGCCUCCCCGCCGACUACUAUGGCAACUGCUGACUGAGCGUGCGUCCCAAUAAAACCUCCUUUUCUCUCGGGAAGUGUACACUCGUUCGCUACUUUUAGAUUAGGGAAGUGAACAAGUGUACGUUUUUUAGGAGGAAGGAGAGAUAAUUGGGAUACAGGCCAGGUCUGUUUUAUUUUGUCUGUUUGUCCGUUUUUCACCGUGUUUCUGUUGUUCUAUGAUGCGUCCCAUCAGGUAUUGUUUAUAUAAAAGGGACCAUUGAUAUCGAGCUGUCUUUUUAAUUGUGUAUAUAUUUAAAUGUUAAAUACACUAUAUGACCAAAAAGUAUGUGGACACCUUCAAAUCCAACAUCUCAUUCUAAAAUCAUGGUCAUUUAAUAUGGAGUUGGUCCCUCCCCCUUUACUGUUAUAUAACAGCCUCCACUCUUCUGGGAAGGCUUUCCACUAGAUGUUGGGACAUUGCUGCUAUAACAGCCUCCACUCUUCUGGGAAGGUUUUCCACUAGAUGUUGGAACAUUGCUGCUAUAACAGCCUCCACUCUUCUGGGAAGGCUUUCCACUAGAUGUUGGAACAUUGCUGCUAUAACAGCCUCCACUCUUCUGGGAAGGCUUUCCACUAGAUGUUGGGACAUUGCUGCUAUAACAGCCUCCACUCUUCUGGGAAGGCUUUCCACUAGAUGUUGGAACAUUGCUGCUAUAACAGCCUCCACUCUUCUGGGAAGGCUUUCCACUAGAUGUUGGGACAUUGCUGCUAUAACAGCCUCCACUCUUCUGGGAAGGCUUUCCACUAGAUGUUGGGACAUUGCUGCUAUAACAGCCUCCACUCUUCUGGGAAGGAUUUCCACUAGAUGUUGGGACAUUGCUGCUAUAACAGCCUCCACUCUUCUGGGAAGGCUUUCCACUAGAUGUUGGAACAUUGCUGCUAUAACAGCCUCCACUCUUCUGGGAAGGCUUUCCUCUAGAUGUAGGAACAUUGCUGUGGGGACUUGCUUCCACUCAGCCACAAGAGCAUUAGUGAGGUUGGCCACUGAUGUUGGGCGAUUGGGCCUUCAGGCUCGCAGUCUGCGUUCCAAUUCAUCCCAAAGGUGUUUGAUGGGGUUGAGGUCAGGGCUCUGUGCCGGCCAGUUAAGUUCUUCCACACCGAUCUCAACAAACCAUUUCUGUAUGGACCUCGCUUUGUGCAUGGUGGCAUUAUCAUGCUGAAACAGGAAAGGGCCUUUCCCAAACUGUUGCCACUAAGUUGGAAGCACAGAAUCGUCUAGAAUGUCAUUGUAUGUUGUAGCGUUAAGAUUUCCUUUCACUGGAACUAAGAGGCCCGAACCAUGAAAAACAGCCCCAGACCAUGAUUCAUCCUCCACCAAACUUUACAGUUAGCACCAUGCAUUAGGGCAGGUAUCGUUCUCCUGGCCUCCGCCAAACCCAGAUUCAUCCAUCGGACUGCCAGAUGGUGGAGUGUGAUUCAUCUCUCCAGAGAACACGUUUCCACUGCUCCAGAGUCCAAUGGCGGCGAGCUUUACACCACUCCAGCUGACGCUUGGCAUUUUGGUGAUCUUAGACUCGGUGGUCUUGUUCUGUGAGCUUGUGUGGCCUACCACUUCACGGCUGAGCCGUUGUUGCUCCUAGAUGUUUCCACUUCACCGGGGCAGCUCUAGCAGGGCAGAAAUUUGACGAACUGAUUUGUUGGAAAGGUGGCAUCCUGUGACGGUGCCACGUUGAAAGUCACUGAGCUCUUCAGUAAGGACCAUCUACUACCAAUGUUAGGCUAUGGAGAUUGCAUGGCAGUGUGCUCGGUUUUAUAUACCUGUCAGCAACGGGUGUGGCUGAAAUAGCCGAAUCCACUCAUUUGAAAAGUGUCCUCGUACACUAUAAAUACAUUAAAUGGCUGAAUUCAAUCAUGGGGUGUCCACAUACUUUUGUAUAUUUGGUCCAGUUGAAUGAUUUCUAUUAUCUAGGAUUUCUGGGUCAUAUUCAUUAGUGCACACUGUAGCAAAACCUUUUGCCACGGAUAACAAAAACGAUCUUAAUGGACAACCUUAGCUUCUACCUACCUACCUCCCUCGUACGAUUUGAAAGUAACGAUCUAUUAUUAUAAUAUGGACAGACUCUACUCUUAUCAAAAUACUUUUAUGUGUUCUUAUUUACUGCUCUGUUGACCCCUGACCCCACCAAAACAAAUGCCUAAACUCUUUGUCUGUGCAGUGAGGUACUAGUCACACCAAAAUUUUGCACGCCCACCCAAUUUUUCAGUUUUUGAUUUGUUAAAAAAAGUUUGAAAUAUCCAAUAAAUGUCGUUCCACUUCA